AUGCCGUCUCAAGAAACGCCAAGCAUCUACGCGGAGCUGCUUACAAACAUCCGCCAGCUCUCCGUCGCGGUCUCCCUCCCCGCUCCCGCAGGUAAUCACACACGAGGACUCGUCACGCCCGACGGCGCGACCCUCCAGCUUCAACACGCGGGCGCCCAAAUCGCCUUCCCACUCCCAGGUAGAGUCCAGGCUCAAGGCGCCGCGCUACCCGCACCACCGCCAACCUCACGUGCAAUUUCGUGGCGGCUACCUCUCUCAACCGACGACAACGCCUCCGCCCCCGCGACGCGCAACCUGCACGACGAGCCCGUGCCAUGGACGGCGCCGGACCUAGCCCCGGGCUCCGCCGUGGCAUGCAGGCGCUGCGCCGCGGCCCUGGUGUCGGAGGGUACGGCGCAGGAGUGGAAGGACUUGCCGAGCGAGAACUGGGCCGAGAUGAUGGACUUCUGGCACUGCCACAAGCCGACUACGGACGACGAGCGCGCCGCCGAUCACGAGCACCUGGCUAAGCGCGGCUACGGUGCCGGCUCGAGCAUCGCGGCGCAGCCCGGCGUUGGAAUGGUAGACCUCACCUCGUUUUUGUUUCGCGAGUCUGACUGCGCGGGUCUAAAGUUCUCCCAGUCUCCGUCCCCUGGCGCGGCAUCAGACAUCACCAGCUCGGCCAUCCUCGCCCGCGCAUCCGACCCGCCUCCACGGACGCUCUAUGUGUCCUGCUCGGGCUGCGCAGCGCACAUUGGCUUCUUCAACGUCGCCACAUCGUCCGUCGUCCUGCUCAAGUGGCGCGUAUCGUGCCGCACGACGUCGCCUGGCGCGGCCCCCAACAGCUCCGAGUGCCUGGCCGCGACCCUGAUCGCCACACUCUCGCGCUCCGGCUCGUCCAAGUCUGUCGUCGUACCCGCGUUCCAGCCGUCACACCAGGACGCCGCCGCCGCCGACGACGACGACGAUGCGAAAUCAUCACCGUCACCGCCCGCCCUGCACCUGUGGAUCCUCAACGCUAACAUUACCUACGCCUCGUCCCGCUGCCGCGGCGCCGCGCCGCGCCCCGCGAUCAAGCUGCUGUACCGCGAGAUCCCGCAGGCCGAGGCCGACGCGAUGCUCGAGUCCAUGACUUCGGACGUCCAGGAGGUCACCCUGCCGUUGGCGGAGAUCGCCGGCGCGGCCGAGGCGUUGCGGGCGAGCGGCGAGCUGCUCCCGCCGGGCGAGCGGGUGUUUAGGGAGUGGAACGUCGGGCUGUUAGACAAAUGGGUGGCGGGGGGCGUAUGA